ACUUGCUCACUCACUCUCUUACUUUCCUAUUUUCUUUCAUCAAAUUUGAAUAAAAUCUCCCUACUAAAUCAUCUUUCUUUUUUCUCAGUACAACCCUUUCACAUACUACGAUAUAAAAUAUUGAAAACGCAAUCGAUCGAGAAGUUGUAUUGAAUAAAGUCGACAUUAUGGGAAUACUUCCAAGAGAAAUGCUCCCAACUAUGGGGCUGGCGAAAAGAGGUCUUGAUGCGUUUCGGGGUACAGAGACACCAACUGAAGAAUUUCAAAUGCCAGUUUGGGGCGUUAUGAUGAUCGCAAGUACUGUUGUUGUGUUCUUGAUCAUGGACUUUAUGGUUGAAUAUACCUUCACCAGACUCGUUCCUACCCUUCUUAUGGUCGAAUCUCCUCAAGCAAUCCUAUUCGAACCUCUCACAUCUGAGGAUCCCGAUGCGAAGCUCGGCCACAAAGGAGAUGUUGAACCGGAACUCUUACUUGUAAAGCAGCAACCCAUUACCUCAAGUUUUAAAUCAACCAUCGAGCACCUUCGCGCCCGCGCCGGAAAGCAAAGUCAUUUACGUGGUGUUGGAAUGCACUUCGUCAAAACCUUCGUCUUGGCUCUACAAAUGAACUUUCUCUCUAUAUUCCUCCCCAGUAUCUUCGCCUAUCCUCUUGCGAAUGUCCUUUGUGCACCUUUCAGUAUGGCAUGGACACACAUUGUCAUCUCGGAGCCAAGCCCACUUCCAUGGUUCAAGAGAAUGCCAGAUGUUGCAACUAUUAAGAAGGUUAUUCCAGCAACAGUUGUCUUUGCUCUCGCCAAACAAGCUGCGAUCUUCCUCCCAGGUUACCUUGCUCUCUCAAUCGGUCUCUUCGAAUCAUUCGAGAGUGAACCUUCAAAGAUGACCCAGCAACAAACCUCAGCUAUGGGUAUCCAAACAGCUUCCGUCAUUGUUCUAGCCGGCGCCCUUGCUUUCCUUGUUCUCAUUCCAGCAAGUGUCAGCCUUAUUCGUGUUCAAGCUUCUCUCCUUUCCGAAGAUCAUGAAUCUAUCGUACCUUUUGACCGUACAUUUGGUGGACGUGUUUCUGAAGAUAGUGUCUUGGGCACUCUUGAUGCAUGGAAGACUUUUGACUGGAACUCACGUGUUAGACUUUUGAAGGCAUAUGUCAAGGCUGCUGCUAUGGAGAUUGCCGUCGCGACUUUCUUCACCGUCGUUUUGUGUGCAGAAGUUUUAAUGGUUCUUGGUGUCGAUCACAAAAAGGUUAUUAUCGGAACAGACAGCAAUGGAACACCAAUUCAAUUCGAGAUGUAAGAGACAGAUCAGAUACUUUUGAUAUCAAUGGCUUUAACCGGUCUCAACUCUGUAUUAUCUGGUGGGAACUGAUACUCUCAAUGAGAUGUCGACCCGAAUUUUCAUUUGUUCAUAGGGGGGUAACGGAAAGGGGUUGGAUAAGAGGCGAACUUUCGUGCUACAUUUGUUCUCCCACACACUACAUUACUUUACACUUAUUUAUGACUGCUUAGCAAAUGAAAUUGUUACUCACUUGUGCUAGUAUAAUCAAUGUUCUUGAU